UCAUGGGUAGGGUGGUACUGACCAUAACACAUACCUUGAAGGGAACUUAAUAUGACACACUCAUGGGAAAGUCCUGGCACAUACAAGCAUUCAGUUACUGUUUUCUUCUCUUGGAUUUGUGCUUGGUAAAGUCAAAACGAUGAACGAUUGGCUCUGUGGGUGCUGGAAGGGCUGUGGGGGUUGGGGCAGGGUCCUGGCAGCUCUCACAAUGGGCUAGAAUUCUCCCUUACUGUAGGUUCUCAUCCACUUGGACUCCUCUCCCUGCCCCAGGGAGGGGAGGAAGAGCCUGGGACGAGUCACUAGGGAAGAGUUUCUCCCUUGUAUUUCCUGGUUCUUCCUUCACUGUUGUGUUUGAAGCUCCUCAGUUUCCACGAGCCCCCUUCCACUGGCAGCCAUUGGCUUACAGCCUGUCCCCUGCCCUGCUCCGAAUGCUGGCUCUGCCCCUACUUUGAACUCUUUAUAUCCAGUCAUGGUCUCAAGGUUCUUCAAAUGGGUUAGGCGUGUUUGGCAAAAGAUGAACAGUUGGGUUUUCUCCUGGAGACACAAACCUGAGUCAAUGCUGUUGGAACAAUCUAGCUCCAAGAAACUGGCCCUGAAAAAGAUAGAGAAGACUCCUGCAGAGCUUUCAACAUCAAAAUUAGUCCAGACACCCAGUCUGAGUGCGUGUGCGAAGGCGCUUGAGCCCUGUGCAUUGGCCACUACCACAAAGCAGUCAAUGGGCAGCCAUGGGAAUCGCUCCUUGAUGCAGCUGUCCCGGACGGCUGUCCAGUCCGUCUCCUCGCUUAUGUUGUCUACCCUGCGGUCUGGUUGGCAAAUGUGUAGGUGGAAGUCUGUAAGUUCUUCCUCAAUUACCUCUCAAAUGAGGGUCCGGUCCCCCUUGGAUACGCCAGAGGCUGAGAUGCUACGAGAAGUCUACCUAGUGCUGUGGGCCAUUCGGAAACAACUACGACAGCUGUCCCGCAGGCAGGAGCGGCGCAGGCGACAUCAUAUCCGGACCCACAUAUCUCCACCCCCUGACACGGUGCCAGGCCUGAAGCAAGAUGCCCAAAGUCCCCUCUAGGUCGGGGGAGCCCUAGAACCUCAGAAAUCCCCACCUUGCUCUUAGGUAAGGUGGAUCAAGAGGGGUCAGGACAACAGGCCAGAAGUUGUGGGUAAGGAGACGUUUUUCAUGCUGUUAACUCCCAUUGGGAGCCCCAAGGCCAGGCCUGGGGGGGUCAUACCUACUCCCCUUCUCUGUGUUUAUUCAAGUUGUAAAAAAGAUUAUCAAAGUAUUGAUUAAUAAAUAUCACAUAUUUCUGAGUAGAUGAGUGAGCUUGUGAAUAGAAGAGCUUUAGGGAGGCCAGGAUAGAGCACCCCAGUUUGGAAAUCC